AUGGCCCACCUUGCUGCACGCGCCAAUGUUUCCCCGGACUCGGGAUUUCCAGUCACCCUCCACCCACACUUCAACCCCAAGAUCAAAGAUCAUGUCCCUCCAGAGCCACCACACAAAGAGCGAACCCCAGCGCCCGACAGAGGUCUCUUUGCCAACCCCGACAAGAAAUCGUUGCUCUCGAUCCCCGGUAUCAAAGUGGUUCCCUUGACCGAAUCGAUUGGAACCGUCCUGGAGAAUGUUCAGCUCUCCGCCUUGACACCACAACAGCUCGAUGAGCUUGCUCUGCUGGUCAACGAACGCGGUGUGGUCUUCUUCCGCUCUCAAGAUCUGACCACUGAAGGUCAGGUUAAACUCUUUGAACACUAUGGAGAGCUCGACCGUCACCCGUCUCAGAAAGACACGCGCCAUCAUGUCAUCAGAGGCAGCACCAUAGAUCACAGGGAGAUAUUGGCCUACACCCCUUGGCCAAGCGGCGAUUUCCAUGCCGACACCUCUUUCGAGAUCAACCCGCCAUCUUACUCGAUGCUCAGAAUGGAAGAGCACCCGCCUGUUGGUGGUGACACGGCGUGGGUAUCGUCUUAUGGUCUGUACGAUACUCUGUCGGAUGCCAUGAAGUAUGCUCAUUUCACUGGCCUCCGGGCACUGAACGUCAACCCUGGCUUUGUCACGGGCUUCGCCGAGUUGAAGAAAUAUGAAGGUGAUAAGAUUUUGGACUUCUUGAACUAUCACAUCCAUUCUGCGGAUGACCAUUAUGUACGAUUCAAGUGGGAGGUGGGGAGUGUUGCGUUGUGGGACAACCGAGCCGUGGUUCAUCGCGUAAUUCCCGGAUCGUACGAGACCCCUAGGAGAGGCAUUAGAACGACUGUUUUUGGAGAAAAGCCAUACUUCGAUCCGAAGAGCGAGGGAAGGUUGGAGAGACAAAAGAGGCUAAAAGCUGAGAAAGAGAACGAAGAUAAAGCCAAUGGUGUCAGUGGAACUAACGGCAAUGGGGUCAGCCACUGA